UCUCUCCAAGAAUUCUGUUAAUUACAUAAAAUAAUAUGGACUGGUAUCUAUCUCUAUGUUGUGAAGGGGGGGAAGGGCGCGCGUGCGCAAACAGGCGAGUUCGCGCCGUGUAAAGAAAAAAUAUCGUUCGGGUUUGUCCGUUCUUCGUUCGGAUUGGCCCGAUAGUGGUCACAUGACACCUCGGUACAGGGGAUCAAGCAUAAAUUUAAAAAGAGUUCAAGAGUACAAGAAAAAUCAAGCUUUUGAUAUUUUUUAAAAAGAUAAGGACAACUAUUCUUCUACCCGGUAAGUAGUUCCAAAUUGAUUAAAUAAUUGUUUGAUAUAUCUUAUAAUGCUUUGUGUAUAUUCCUUCCCCUUUUUCUUAUUUGUCGUCGAUCUUUCUCUUUAAUUAUGCCUUUUCUCAUGUAUUAUGUAAGCGGGAUCUCACGCUCAAAACCACAAAUCACAAAAUUUUAGAUGAAAUUAUACUUUUAGAAGUUAUACGUCUCGUACACUUUCUGUCAAACAAACCCCGACUUAUCUAUCCGAAUCACCCUUUUUUUAAAAAAGUCUGGAGAUAUUGCUGAUCCCCUCCCCCCCCCCUCCUCCUUGUACACCAAUUUAAUAAGUAUGCACGUCUUCGUCACUUGCCCGUUGCUGGUUCGGCCCAAGGCGUGGACAGCCUAAAAAAAAAACAAAGCAACACAAACCAUGCAGGAAAAAAAUCUGAAGAGAGAAUGCUUCUUUUUCUACAGUUCCUUACUUUUUUUAAAAAAAUAUACCCUAUUAGUAAGUCAUAAGGUGGUUAGGAACUGUCUCAUAUAUCCUCAUAUAACGUGUGAAAUGUACAACUAAUUUCAAUCAGGGGGUGGGGGAAUGUAUUCUUCCUUUCUUUUUUUUUUUGCCCCUCAUACGAAGGGACACCCCAUGCAUGAGUAUCCUGUAUGUAACGUAGUUUAUACCCCCUUUAGGAAACAUGUCUUAUUGUGAUGGAUGUGCACACGCACUUUAUGCGCGCUUGACACAUUAUAUGAUCAGUUCGGGAUUUGAAUUUUUCUUUUUGCAGUAAUAAAAAAGUAGGCUUUAAACUGAGUACAGGGCUUGAGUGAGAAUGAACCACCAUUCGGGUUCUGAAACUGCGGAUUUCCCUCCUUGAGAAAUUUACAAAUUCCCACCUAAGCCAUGGACAUAUAAUACAAAAAGCGAUCUUAUUCUUAAUCCUCCAUCUAUUUUCUUUCUUUGUAUUAAAAGUAAAAAAGUAAACCUUUCUUCCAACUCUUUUUUUUCAUUUUGUUGGGAUAGUUUGGUUCCUUUUUGUUGCCUCCCCCUAUAGAUGACUUCACUUCGAGUGCGCAAAAACAUAGUAUCGAGUAGUUGUAUCUUGAUUGCGUUGACAGUAAUUAUCACCCUAUCAUUUCCUGCUACUCAUUACAUUUCCAAAUGGGAUUACUUUGAGAUUCUUCUCCAUGGUUCUGAUUCAUCCAGAGAUGUCUCGUUAGGAAAUUUGGUGGAAAAAUUACUAGAAUCAAAACAAGAAAUGGAUAUGGAAAACAAAUAUUGGGCCCUUGAUCUGCUGGUUAGAAUUACGGACCUUAUCAUCCCUUCCUUUUAUAAAAAUUCAGAUCCUUCACCACCCCCAAGCAUUCAAGUCUUUGACCCAAGACUCACUCUAGGGGUCUACCUCUACAACAUGAAGUUCAAUAAGAAACUCCCCUUCCAUUGGUACGAUUGGGUGGAUUUAUCUGUUCUUAACCAACACAUUCUUUCUCCGGAAGCCAAGAAACCUACAUGUGAUGUGUUUGACACUGCCGUUGCCAAAAUCAGUGACACGUCGAUGUUUUGCACUACUGCAGCUACUAGUACGAUACCAACGGGUAUUGGUUUCGAAAUAUUCAACGCUCCAACUUUCCAACUUUCGGAAGAAAAAAGUAUUCAAGUUGCCAAGGGAUAUCUCUAUACAAGAGCACCUACUCCAAGAAGAGUUCUCUUUAACUCUAAGAGUGGCGAACUCAGGGGCUUUGAAACAAGUGGCAAGGAAAGACUUAUAACUUCUGAACUUGUGGAAAACUACUUGAUGGAGUAUCCCAGUGCCAGAAUCGAUGUGGUCGAUCAAUUCCAAGAUGUCAUUAAUAACAAUUCCAGAACAAUAUAUCCGAUCAAGGAGUUAGAGUAUGAAAGGAUAAUACCAGAAUCCCAAUUCGUAUUUGACUUUAAUUCUUCUAUAGCAUCAUUAAAGGCGAAAGAAUCCAAGUUAAAGGAUAAUGAAAGAGCUUACUUGCAAAGUUUAGUUCAUUCUGAUUUCUUAGUUUCCAAAACCGCAGUCCCUAAAUACUUCCAUGAACCUAAAAUCUUAGCCAGCACUCAUGGAUCACACUAUGAUUGGAGGUUUUUCAAUGGGGUCAUAUUGGGGUCGGAAGAACAGGAGUUGGUGUUGCAUCGGCUUGUAAGGUCAUGGCUUCUGUUUACCAGAAACGCGGAUAUAAAUACCUGGAUCGCACAUGGUUCUCUCUUGUCUUGGCAUUGGAAUGGGAUGAAUUUCCCAUGGGACAAUGAUGUUGACGUUCAAAUGCCUAUCAUGGACUUGCACAAGCUUGCUCUUCACUAUAACCAAUCGGUUAUUGUGGAAGAUAUCGAAGAAGGUUUUGGAAGAUACUUUUUAGACGUUGGUUCUCUGAUAACACUUCGGGAGAAUGACAAUGGUCUCAAUAACAUUGAUGCUAGAUUCAUUGAUGUAGAUACUGGGAUCUACAUUGAUAUCACUGGCUUGGCUCCUACAAAUUCAUUGCCUUCCAAAUCAUAUAUUGAUGAACUCCCGCUGGAUUUCUUUAAUGGUGAGCAUGAAACCUCUCCCAAAGAUAUUAAUAUUAAGCUUGGGUUGUAUAGCUGUCGUAAUGGGCAUGUUUCCCGUUAUAAGGAUCUUUUACCCUUAAAGAAAACCGUCAUUGCUGGUGAGAUUGGAUACAUCCCUAAUUCCCACAUCGAUACACUUAAGGCUGAAUAUAAUAAGGGAGUUCAUGCAUCUACGUUUGACGGAUACAUAUUUCAACCACAGCUCCGACUCUGGGUGAAAGAGCGUGAUGUAAGAAACUAUAUGAUGGAUCCAAGUAUUUGGAUUAAUUAUCAUCAAAACAUCAAUUAUGCGGAUACCCUAUCAUCUCUGGAAACUGAAACCUUACUGAAAAUCAGGUUGAUAGAGAUGAAGACUCCAUAUCAUCUUUCGCAGGGGGAUAUCAUCAGGGCAGAAUCCUUAUCCAACGAGCAAUUGGUGGAAUUUCUUACGAAGGAUGAAUUACUCAUCCAGUAUCUUAUUACAAAGGAAAUUACAGAGUUCCACCAACUAGAACUAAAAGGGAUGCUUUCAGGUAUUUCUACUGUCAGUUUGGUGAAAGGCUUACAGCCAUUCCAACCAUCCAAUCACGACUUAUUCACAUACAAACUACACCUCAAUUAUUACCAGUAUGAAAUUGCAACUGAAAAAUUAUUAGACUUGGUUGCGAAAACUGGGUGAGGUUACGAGUACGAAAUAGAAUUUACGUAAAACAAAAUAAUACAAUAGUUUCCCCGUAAUAUACUACCGGGCAAAAAGAGUCACGAGUAGACUAACCUAGUGGAGACUUUCCCAUUAGUAAUAUUCUAAGCCACCAGAUACUGGGAGGCAAAAAAAAAAUAAAUUAAAUCUGAGCAAAUAAAGCACGCGCCGCUUGGGAUAAAGGACGUAAUUUUAUUUUUAUUUUUUGCCCCAUUUUUGCCCAUUCCUUUGUUGAGUGCAUAAAUCCUGGGCUGUCAGAAGAUCUUUAAAUAUCGGAGAUAGGCCAUCGAGGACGUCCAUUCCUUCGAUACAAACCUUGGCAACGGAGAUGAAAUCUGUAG